AUGACACUUCCAAAUGGUCAGGCAGCCUGGCCGCCGCCAGGAUUGCAUCACUCCAACAGCAGCAGAAGUUUGCAGAUUGUUGACGAUGGGUUGGCGCGUAUCGCGACCCCAGUCGACACUUCGCUGGUGUUGAUGCCUGAGGCAACCCUUGAUAUCGAAGACGAGAGGCGACGCGCCCAUUUCGCAGACUUGUUUCAAAAAUCAGAGGAAAAGAUCGCUCUGCUCUUUGCCGACGAUGGAUCCUAUAACUUGGACGCGAUCGAGGCUCUCCGACGCUAUCCCCCCACCCCUGCCGUUACCCUCCCCCCAACCACCGACCACGAGCCCAUUAAAGAGCCGCCACUAAAGAAGGCGAAACGUACAAUAGACGAAGAUGAUUAUGACGAUGAUGAUGAGGACGAAGACGACGAGGAUAUCCCGUCUGCCACGGCCAAACCUCAGGGUGCGGCUGUUGCUUCCAACUCGCUAUUAUCGCCGUCCAAAUCCGGCAGUUCUCCGGUUCAGUCGGUCACUUCUCCCAGCAGAAUAGCAGAUAAAGCGAGAUCCCAGGAUGGGUCGCAGACCAAGGGGAAGCCUGAAGAUGAUGCCAUCAAGCAGCUUGAAGAUGUGAGGAUGGCAACAGAAGCCGCCGCUCGGCGAAGCUUCCAUACGAUUAUAUAUACACUAGAGAACGACCGAACAGCAAUGCUUGAGCAGCAGCAACUAGAGGAUUCCGAGAAGCAGCUCCAGGCAGAAAUGGAGAAUAAUCACAGCACAGGCGCGACUGGGUCACAAGCUGCGAAUCAAGGCUCUCUUAGCAGCGCGAAUCUUGGCGCGUCCAGUCUCACCCUCAAACAUCUCAUUGCAAGGAUAGAUAUGAAGAGAGAUCAGGUAAAAGCUUCCGAUGCCGAGCUUAGGCUCUUGAUGAACGAAGUGCGGAAAAACCGCAGCAAGUGGGCAAGCGAAGAAAAUGUCAACCAGGAAGAGCUUUACGAAGCCCUAGAAAAGGUUUUGACAGAGCUGAAGGCGCAUACGGAGUAUUCAACGCCGUUUCUCACCCGUGUCAACAAGAGAGACGCUCCUGAUUAUUAUAAUUUUAUCAAAAACCCGAUGGAUCUGGGCACAAUGACCAAAAAGUUAAAGUCGCUGACGUACAAAUCCAAGACGGAAUUUGUGGUCGAUCUUAAUCUUAUUUGGGACAACUGCCUCAAGUAUAAUCAAGACAUGAAUCAUCCCCUCCGCCGAAUGGCAAAUGGCAUGCGGAAGGAAGCCGAGAAAUUGAUACCCCUUAUUCCGGAUCUCACCAUCCGAUCGCGUGCCGAAGUUGAAGCUGAAGAACGAAGGAAGCAAAACGGCGGCGAAGAUGACGGUGGUGAGGACUCUGAUGAUGAGCCCAUCAUGUCUUCUCGUGGUCGCAAGGCCACUACCAAGGGAGCCAAUAAGUCCAGGAAGGCCCCUAACGAUCCAAAGGAAGAUACUCCCGUGGUUGACCAGAAGCCAAUCUUACAAGUAAACGGAUUGCUUGGCAAGCUUGGCCGCGAAGGCUCAGAAAUGGAUGGAAGCAAUGGCUUUGCCACACCUCCGAUUGGUGGUUCCAUUACACCUGGUGCUGCCAAUGGCCCGUCUGGAAUUACAAGCAACGCUGAUGCCAUGGAUAUUGACGGUCCUAGCAUCAAUGGAAUGAGUCUGAACCAGGCCUUUGGCCAAGCUGCUGAGCAGGCUUACGAAGAUGAGGAGUAUAAGAUAUGGAAGCAAAGCACAAAGAAAGACCGAGCUCUGACUGCCAAGGAACGGUUUCUGCUUUUCAAGGACAACAAGCUUAGCACAGACGCUCCCGCCUUACUCAGAAGCAAGGCAGGAAUACGAAGAUUCCUGGCUCGCCAAAAAGAGGCCGAGCUGACCAACAGCGCCGAAUUCGAUACUUCCGCAACUACUGCCAAGGCCGCGGGAAGCAAAGCACCUGAGACGUUGGCUGAGGGCAUCGAAGAGGAAAAGGAGCAAGUAAUUCCUGACUAUUAUACCCCUCUGAGUAAUAUUCCAGAUAUCCCAUCAAAGCUGCAAUGGGUCGAAGAUGGCGAUGGCCAAGUUAUCAACCAGCAUGAAGAAUUUCUUCGGCUUGUGUCACCCGGCUCAUUUGUUGCAUCACAAAGUAAAUUGACCAAGAAGAUGGACGAAAAUAUCCACCAGAUACAAGAAACAAGAAAGCUGGCUAUGAAGAUUUCUGUCAUCAAGCAGAUGCAGGUCCAAUCCCAGGUCUAUACGAAUCAAUUUCCAAAGUCAAACUCGGAACCCUUCAGGGAGCUGGAUAUUGAGCCGCAUUUCAUUGCAGAUGAUGGCCCGGUAAUGGCAGCUGAGACGUGCCAGAAUGCUUUAAAGCGCUCCAUUGCGAAGAUUCUCUACACCACGGGGUUCGAGGAGCUACAGCCAUCCGCUAUAGAUACCUUUACAGGGAUCGCAUCAGACUAUUUUCAGAAGCUAAUCAGAACGUUCAACAUCUAUCGUGAGGCUGAAAAGAAAACAGUCCAGGUUGGUGGCGAAACGAUGCUGCAGGCGCGCUUUACACCAGAAGAGGUGAUCCUCCAUACGCUGGAGGAGAACGGUCAUGACAUUGCAACUUUGGAAAGCUACGUCAAAGAUGACGUGGAUAGAUUGAGCAGCAGAUUAGGUGCUCUGCACGACAGAAUGAAGUCUCAUCUGGCAGACCUGCUUCGCCCCGCUCUCUCGGCAGAAGCUGGCGAAGACGGAGCUGGCGCCUUCAACGAUGGCAGUGAUCAGUUCACCAGCGGAGAUUUCGCUGAGGAUCUUGGAGAAGAUUUCUUCGGCUUCCGGGCUCUCGGACUGGACAAGGAAAUGGGUCUUGACUUUGUUUCCGUGCCCUUCCAUUUGCUACAGAGCAGAGUGCGCAGCCAGUACCAGAUGCAAACACAAAACUCUGGCGGGUCGAGCAGUGAAAUAUUCGAGCCGCUUUCCAUCUCCGAGCCUGUCACCAAGGAGAACAUCCAGCACCAGGUUGGCCUGGUUAAGAACUUCUUCCUUGCCAAACUUCACGCUAAUGGCGAUUCACCACUGGUUGAGGAUGAAGACUUGCCGACCAAGCAACGCAAACCGCGCCCUCGUCUUGGUGCCAGCGGUAAAAUCAUUUCCGCCCAGAAACGUCCACCCAAGGAGCAGUUGGCACUCGCUAAGAAGAAGAAGAAGCUGGAGGCCGCUGCGGCUGAGGCUCGAUUGAAUGCAUCCCCCCAGAAGGCGGGAGCAGCAAACGCAGCGGCUGCGAAGAAAAUGACCACGCCUCUACCGAAUGGUGCUGUUCCCAAUCCUGCGCUCUUAGCACUAGCACCAAGCAUGGAGCGGACGGACAGCAUGCAGAGUCAGGGGGGCAUGAGCCAAACUGACAAGGACGACACAACUGGCAUGAUGAGUCCAGAGAGCAUUGCUCAAUAG